GUUUGCGCUGUCAUGGCCAAUGUGCGGCUGGAGUUUAAGUCAAGCGCCGGGGAUGCUGAUCCUCAGGCGAGGCCUCUGCUGGUGCUGGGACAGCUGCCCAACCUGCAACGGGUGCCCUGGGCUGAACUGAAGGGGAAGCUGCACCCAAGAGUCACUGAAGAGACAUGGCAGAGUGCGCUAAGCUCGCUGAGCCCAAAUCCUACAGACAACUGCCCUCUGUAUCUGAACUACGCCACAGUCGCUGCUCUGCCUUCCCGAGUCAGCCGGCACAACAGCCCAUCAGCAGCGCAUUUUCUAACCCGACUCAUACGUAACAGUCUCCCUGGAGGGGCAAAGCGUUGUAUCCUGAUGGUAUGCGAGCGGUCAGAAGUAUUCGCCAGCGCAUGCGCCAUUGCCCGGGCCUUCCCGAUAUUCACCCGCAGGUCCAGCGCAUUGCGCCGGGCAGACAAGAAGAGUGUAGUGGUGGAGUUCCUUGUGACUGGGCAAAACAACGGACCUAUGGACCUUUCCACUCUCAAGUGCUUGGAGAGUGCCACAGAAGGGGUGAGGCUUGCAGCUCGCAUUGUGGAUACUCCAUGUAGUGAAAUGAACACUGAUCACUUCGUUGAGGAGAUUAAGGCUGUUGCACAGGACCUGGGGAUUACUCCAGUUAUUAUAAGGGAUGAAGAACUGAAGCAGAGAGGAUUUGGAGGGAUCUAUGGGGUUGGGAAAGCAGCAGAACACCCCCCUGCUCUGGUGAUUUUAAGUCACACCCCUGAGGGAGCCACUCAAACGAUCGCCUGGGUAGGAAAAGGCAUUGUGUAUGACACAGGUGGACUCAGCAUUAAGGGAAAGACCACCAUGCCAGGAAUGAAGAGAGAUUGUGGGGGAGCAGCGGCAGUUCUAGGAGCCUUCAAAGCAGCUGUGAAGCAGGGUUUCAAGGACAAUCUUCAUGCCUUAUUCUGUUUGGCGGAGAAUUCUGUGGGUCCGAAAGCCACCAGGCCAGAUGAUAUCCAUGUGUUGUAUUCUGGGAAAACCGUUGAGAUAAACAACACGGAUGCAGAAGGCCGAUUGGUUUUGGCAGAUGGGGUCUCCUAUGCAUGCAAAGAUCUGGGGGCUGAUAUUAUUUUGGAUAUGGCAACACUAACAGGGGCCCAGGGCAUAGCCACAGGUAAACACCAUGCUGCUGUUCUGACCAACAGUGAGGAGUGGGAAGUUGCUUGUGUGAAAGCUGGAAAGAAGUGUGGUGACCUUGUUCACCCACUUGUUUAUUGCCCUGAGCUGCACUUCAAUGAGUUUUCCUCUGCUGUUGCUGAUAUGAAGAACUCAGUGGCGGACCGGGAGAAUGCUCAGAGCUCCUGUGCUGGCCUCUUUAUUGCCUCCCACAUUGGGUUUGACUGGCCUGGUGUGUGGGUGCAUGUGGACAUUGCAUCUCCUGUCCAUGCUGGUGAAAGAGCUACCGGUUUCGGGGUGGCCCUGCUACUCUCCUUGUUUGGUCGUGCAUCCGAGGAUCCCCUCCUAAAUAUGGUCUCCCCUCUGGGAGAAGAUGAUGCCACAAGCAACCACGAGAGGGAUUCCAAAAGACGUAGGCUCGUGUAACCCCCCCCCAAAGGUUAUAGCUGAUUAUAAGACCCCUGUAGGGCAGUUAUGAUCCUGUAUUCCCUGCCAGGGCCACAGCUGAUGUAUAAUUUGGGCAUUGUCCUUAAUUUUGUUAAAUUUCUGUUGCACUAAUGCGGGAGAACCAUCUUAUUUUUAGUGGUGUUUUUCCCCUUUUGGUGUAAAAGUGAACCCCUAGUUCCUCGCCUUCAGUACUGCACAAGUAUUUCAAACCACUAAUUAUGACUCCAUUUGAAACCCUUCCAUUACCAGGUUGGAAAGUGAUCUGUUCCCUUACUAUCUCCACAGUAUUCACUUUGUAAUCUUUUAUCAAUGCUUUCCAGUGAAAUACAAAUCAUUUGCUCAAA